UAGAUCCUGGUAUGGAAGGUGGUGAACAUCCUGAAGAUGAGAAAAAUUCUCCAACAGAAGCUCAUCCAGGAAGUCAACCUCCUGAGGGAGUUCGACCACCCAAACAUUGUGCAGUAUUUUGAUCACUUCAUAGACCAGAAGAACAAAAAGGUCUAUGUUGUGAUGGAGUACUGUGAGGGUGGUGAUCUGGACAGCAUCAUCAGGGACUGCAUCAGGCAAAGGAUUUUCCUCCCGGAGGAAGUCAUUCUUCAGGUUUUGGUGCAACUCACCUCAGCACUGCAACACUGUCACAGACGCCCUGAUGGCAGUAUUGUUCUGCACCAGGACCUGAAGCCAGCUAACAUUUUUCUUGACCACAACUUUGACGUUAAGCUGGGUGACUUUGGGCUGGCAAACAUCCUCCCCAGUCGGAACGACUACAUCAAGACGCAGACUGGGACUAUUUUCUAUAUGUGUCCAGAAAAGCUGAACCAGACAUUUUAUCAUGAAAAGUCAGACAUCUGGUCCCUGGGAUGUCUCAUUUAUGAGCUGUGUGCUUUGAAGCUUCCGUUUUGUGGCAGAGGAGAGCGUCUGAUCAGCAGCAUCAACUGUGGGGAGUUCAAAAGAAUUCCAUCCCAGUAUUCAGAUGAGCUGAACUCCCUAAUCGGUGACAUGCUGCAGGUUUUGGACUUUCUGAGGCCGUCCGUGGAAGACAUCCUCAGCAGCAGCCUGCUCUCUGCCAUGGUUGCUCAACGAAAGCAGGGAACUGGUGUCUUUGCUCGUCAGCUUCCUGCACCCACGCCAGCUGCAGACCUCAGGCCCAGGGAGCCACAAGAUGUUCCACCAAGGGCACAGAAGCGGAGGCUAGAGGUUGAGCAUCACCAACCAAGCAAGCAGAGGCGAGAAGGUAAGUGUUCUCUCCAAAAAACCAAGGAGCUUAUUGGCAACUGUUUGUUCAUAACUGUAGCUGAGGGCUACAUCUCAGACGUGGUAGAUAAGUUGAAGAGUAUAGUUGACGACAACGGUAAAUACUUCAGAAAACUCAAACAACUCCGGGCCCGUGUCGAAGACCAGGAGAAUAGAAGCCGCAGGAAUAAUAUCCGGGUUAUUGGGCUGGAUGAAGGUUUGGAGAAAGGCGGUACUAUGACUGACUGUGUGAAGAAAAUACUGACUGAGGGCUUUGGAGAUACACGGAGAUGA